GCGUGAGCUGGGGACCCACAAGGGUAGGGUCCCACGCGGUCAGGACCGGUGGGGUCGGGGCUCCGAGUGGCGAAAGACCCCAGCCGCUGGGCUCUCUCGUGGCAUUGUCCUUCAGUGGGGCCAUUGGUCUGACUUUUCUCAUGCUGGGAUGUGCCUUAGAGGAUUAUGGCGUUUACUGGCCCUUGUUUGUCCUGAUAUUUCACGUCAUCUCUCCCAUCCCCCAUUUCAUUGCCAAAAGAGCAACUUAUGACUCCGACGCCACAAGUAGUGCCUGCCGGGAACUGGCAUAUUUUUUUACUACUGGAAUUGUUGUCUCUGCCUUUGGAUUUCCUGUUAUUCUUGCCCGUGUGUCCGUGAUCAAAUGGGGAGCCUGUGGCCUUGUGCUGGCAGGCAAUGCAGUCAUUUUCCUUACAAUUCAAGGUUUUUUCCUUGUAUUUGGAAGAGGAGAUGAUUUUAGCUGGGAGCAGUGGUAGCACUUUAUUCUGAUAAAAUGCAUUUUAUUUCUUAGAAGUCAUAUUAUAUGUAUUUGUUGCACAUAUGGCCUUUUACUAUGAAAUCUCAUAUGCUGAUUUUUUUAUGCCUUUAUAUCAUUUUCACUGUAAGAAGGACUACAUGAGAAAAAGAUUGGUUUUAUUUCCAGCCAGCAGCGCUCUUCAUUUACUCAAGUUGAAUUAGGUUAUUUGUUUGGCUGUUCAUAUAGUCAAGGUGCUCUCAGAAAAUACAUGAACACAGUCUUGUAGAUGGCUGCUCACUCGUGCAAGGCACCUUUUACCCAGGGAUGUGCGUGGUGGGCAGAAAACACUGGAGCGCGAGUCUCCUUCUGCCCAGGAUUCCCAAGAUGUACUUGUGGCCCAGAGAGACAGAGACGGAGGGAGCUCCCUCUUUGUGUUAUAGAUCCUUGCUUCUCAAAGUGCCGUCGGUUGGGUCCGUACAGCACCUGCCUCUCCUAGGAGCCAGCAUGUACAGAAUCAGAUGCCCCACCAGGGACCCAGUGCGUUUUGGAUGAGAUCCCAAGUGAAUUACGUGCACAUGGAAGUGGGAUCAGUGCCGUCACAGAGGGAUAAUUAUCACAUCUGGUGCCCUUGUCUUCACUUUGGCUGAACCACUUAACCUCUCUGGGUGUUAGCAGCUCAUUUGUAAAAACUGUUUCUCCUGCCUUCAUGUUGAGGCCUAUCCCAGAGUCUGUGGGUAUUUGUGAAAUGUCCAAACUGAUACUGUCGUUCCUCACUUUUGCGGAAUUGUUCGCAGCCGGGAGCGCUGGUGUCUUCACACCAUCUGAAGUGCAGUGGCUGUUUGCCGGGUGCUGGGGGAACAGAAUCACCCCAGAGCCACACUGGGACGCCCCGAGGGAGGCCAGGUUGGAACUAGUCCCUGCAUCAGCAGGGUGGGCAAAAGCAGAUAGAUAAUACUGUUGCAUUUCCCUUAAUAACCACACGCCUCUCCCCCACUGCUCUGUGGUGCUCUCUGCCUCCCCCCCACCAAACACACACACUCAGUGUUUCUGACUUGCCCUGACCUCCUCCUGGCUCUGCCUCUUCCUCUCCACGGAGCCAAGUAAGCAGGCAGAGAGUGAGCUGCUUAUUUUCUUCACAUGUUGAUGUACUUAACUGUCUUUCUCACCUCAUAGGUCUUUUUAUUUAUAUAAUACAUACACAAAACACCUUAUGCCACUUGAAAUGAAUCAUUGGGAAUCCGUGUCAUGCUGGCUCCUCUAAUCAGCUUUUCUUGCUCAACUUUUUGUCCAAGGUCUAUUGAGAAAGGGAAAUACAGGAACUAGAAGUAUUUGGUGAGAAUAUAAUGACUUCAAAGCAUUGUUAAUGUGUGAUAACUGACAUACGUUUAAAACACUGAAAUUUUGGUGAAGUUUGGAAUCGGAGGAAUUAGUAUAUAUUUUCAGAUUCUGGAGUGAUCUGGGACCAGGAGAAGAGAGUGGUGAUACCUAAAAGGACAGCGUGCAGUUAUAGUCUGGGCUCGUGCAUGAUUUUAUGUUUUCCAAGUUCUAUGUACAUGCAGAAUUAUGAUGUUACUUCCAACAUUUAUACUAGAAGAAUGAUACAGACACUUUAUAAUUUUAACCAGCAUUUUUAAUAACACUUACUUGCACUUACUUUAUUAUAAUAAAUCUCUUUUAACACAAAAGAAAGUUUAAUUUCAAGUCUUUAUUCUGAUGUAGCCUUGCUUAAAAGAUAGAAAAGUGAGAAUCUCUUCGUGUUCAGAAAUGGGCAGUUUGAGCAAUAAUCUAUCUGCCAUAUAGUAAUAGCAAUACAUUUUAAGAUACCAUUUUGAAUGUCUUGUUGGCUUGUAAUAGUAUUUCUUUUCCAGUAGUGGAAAUAGUGUUUAAUUUAUACUCUCCUUUUGCAAAAGCGUCUUUAUUACCUAUACAUAUUUCAAAUAACCAAGGUAGCCUUAAUAUGUAGCCUUAAAGCAUUGCCUCUUGAUUGUAUUUCCAGAUUGAUGUAAAGUACUUGGGUAGAGAAUGUUUGUAACUAUUCCCUAAUAGUAGAAUGGGCUCAUUGAAGUGAUAGACUGUUAAAUUUGCUCUGUGUCUGAAAAUGAACAUUUAUUCUUAGUGCUUAAGUGUCAAGUAAUAAAUGCUGAUAGGAAGUAUUGCUGUGUAUAAAUGUACAAGUUUCUUUUGAUGACACAGAUGUUGGGCGUUUUUUUUUCCUUAGAAAAGGUUUAUUUAUUUUUUUUUUCUGUACACCUUAGAAAAUAUUUUGGAGAUUCAGAGCACAUUGAUGACAUUCUAAAACCGAGAAUACACAUAAAGAAUUGCUCACAAGUAAGUAAUCUUGUGAAGGGAUUCUCUAUCGUGUUCCCGACAACUGGCUUACAGCAGGACUUUGGAACGCUUUGCCACGGGAAGUGGGAGAUGGGUGAUUGGGUCCCCAGGCCAGGCCUUCUGAGGCAGGCUAACUCCUUGUGUUGUUGACUUCUAAUGCUCAGGGUACCUGCCUGAAUUUCGGGGCUCAGAAACAGGGUAGCUUGAACAGGGUGGAGAAAGGAAAGUUUCAAUUUCCACCUCUUUUCCUAAGAACAAAGGUCUUUCUUCCAUUUUUGCAGCACUUCCCAUCCUCUAAUACCCUUGGGGUCCAGGUACUUUCCUCUAAGUUUUCUGGCCUCCUCUCCUGAUGUGGGGCCUUCCUCCCAGCCUGACCUACAUGCUGGCCUCCCCCAAUGUCCAGAUCACCCACCUCUCUGCUCCUACCCUGUCAGUUGUCUUCGUGUGGCUGAUAGUGUGUGGUGCUGGUCAGACUCCUUCCCAGAAGAAAAGGAUGACUUGUGCUCAUCUCCCCCCCUCCCCUGGAACUCUUUCCAGUCCCCGCAGCACCCCUAGCAGCCUGUACUUUCCAAGCUGUGCUGCAGCUGCGUUUUUACAAGGGAGUGCCUUGGAACCCAAUGGCUCAUUCACAGAAAAUGGCAGAGUUUCAAAGUAAAGUGGAAAAUGCAUUCCAGCAGUUUAUAGAAGGAGCAUAAUAUUUGGGUUAGGGGCAACCCUCUCAUCUCUCAUCCCUUCCUCUGGGUGAGUUCUCAGCUGGUUGUACUUUUCAUGGUUGUUUCUUUUCCUCUACUUAGGGACCCACAGAUUUUUCUUAGAGUCCUCAAGAAGUCUUUGCCUCUGAGGUAUUCCCUUGAUGAAGACUGUUCUAGAGGCUGAAACAUUUCAUUAAGUUAAUAACAUUCCUAAUGCUCUCAGGGAAAUGCUUAGGAGAUGUCACAAAAAUGUGCCCUUCUCCAAGCUGGCAAAAAAUUCAGAUUUUGCACCAUAACUUAACCAGAUUUUUAUGAGGAUGCUAGCAUUUUCCAAGUAUAGUAAUUAGUUCACAACUGGGAACUGUUAUUUCUGUAAAUGGAUAUAAGUUGUGUGUUUUAAGUGUUUUUUUCCCCAUGCUGCCGUAUGAAGUACCUUAUUUGCAAAAAUCCCAGUGUGUAAUAGCUCAAGAAUUACAACCUGCUUUGUGGUGGCCGUGCUUCUGGAAUAGAGCCAGCGAAACCCGAACAUGAUGUGAAAGAUCUCCAAGACUGCUUUAGAAGGAAUUAUAUAUGUAUGAUGAGGAUGAUUACUUUUUAAAUAAAACAUGUCAUUUAUACUUUAACAAAGACUUUUAUGUAUGUUAUUAAACUAAAACGUUCAGUUUAAGCAGA